AUGGACGUGCAACAAAAAAUAGAAGACACAGAAACGGCCAGCUUAUUUAGCAGUUUCAGCACGAGCUCAACUGAAGCUCGCUUGAAAGCGAAGGCAAAAAUUGAGACAGAAUUGACAUCUUUUGAAGUGAAGAAAAAUUUGGACGAACAGGAAUUGAAAUUGAAACAACUAAGGGAGAAACUCAAGUUGGACACUGAAAGAACAAAAUUGUUAGCAGAGGAAACUGCGUAUGCUGAAGCUGAGAUGGAGUUCAGUGCCAGAUGUUGUGCUGUAGUGAACCUUGAAGAUGGAUAUAAGAAGGCUAAAGCAUUGCUUAAGGAAAGAUUUGGUUCAGCCUAUACUAUCACGGAGACUUGGGUUAAGAAAAUCACGACAGGCUCAGCCAUAAAGGCAAAUGAUGUUACAAAAUUGAGGGAUUUUGCCGACGAGUUAAGAACAUGUGCUGAAACGCUUGAAGCAAUGGGAAAUUCCUCAGAGUUGAGCACACAAAGCUCACUGGUCAAAAUCACUGAACGCCUCCCUGGUUAUUUGGAGCACAAAUGGAAACAGGAAGUACGUAAGAUAAGAAAGGAAGGAAGGUGCCCAGAUAUUAAAGAUGUCACUGCAUUUGUUGUUGAAAAUGCAGAAAUAGCAAAUGAUCCAGUGUAUGGUGGCCUAGCACAUGUGAAAAGGAGUGACAGUCGCAGUGAUUCACAGAGGCGACCCAACAACCGAUGGAGUUACAGUAUUACAGCUACCAGUUUACAGCCUAUUGGUGACACAAGAAAAUCUAUUCAGUCACCAUGCAUUAAGUGUGGCAGCAUUCAUUCACUAUUUGGGUGUACAGAAUUCAAAGCCAUGAAAUUGCCUGAGAGACUCAAAUUUGCCAAUGACAAUAAACUGUGUUACAACUGUUUAAAGCCAGGACAUUUCUCUGAGAUGUGUAGAUUACAACGUACAUGCUCAGUGUAA